CCCGACGACGGCGGCCGCACUGACCGCUUUGCCUUCCAGCUGCCCUUUGCUGAGGGCGCGGGCGAUGGGGCGCGCCUCGACUUCGUGGUGCGCUAUGAGACCCCCGAGGGCACUUUCUGGGCCAACAACCACGGCCGCAACUACACAGUCCUGCUCCGGAUCGCACCCGCUCCCUCACCCGCUGAUGCGGAAGGGCUGCCCCAGCAGCAGCAGCUGCAGCAGCUGGAGCCACAGCCCGAGUGCCAGGGUCCCGUGGAGGCUGAGGCCAGGCAGCUGAAGAGCUGCAUGAAGCCGGUGAGGCGCAGGCCUGCUGAGGAGGAACUGAAGACGAAGAACAUGGAUGAUAACACCCCUGCCGUGGCAGAACAUCCUGAUGUCCAGGAGUCAGUGGGUCCACUGGUGGCCCCCACCCCUCUCCGUCCGUGGCCCCAGAUGACACUUCAGGUUUCUGAUGUUCCGAUGACUGGCAACCCCGCAGAAGAAGGUGACGUCCCCAGAAGCAGUCCUCCUGUGGCUUUUACAGAAGUCCUCCAGGCACCGGCCAUCAGGAUUCCCCCCUCCUCCCCUCUCUGUGGCCUGGGUGGCUCCCCCAGAGACCAGGCCUCAGGGCCCGAUGCGAGCGAGGGGGCCACCGGGCCUUUCCUGGAGCCCAGCCAGCAGCAGGCAGAGGCCACAUGGGGAGUAUCGAGUGAGAAUGGAGGGGGGCUGGAGGCCAUGAGUGGGUCAGAGGAGCUGCUCGGUGAGGACACCAUUGACCAGGAGCUGGAGCAGCUCUACCUGUCUCAUCUGAGCCGCCUACGGGCUGCUGUGGCUGCGGGUGGGGCAGGGGGUGGUGGAGAGGGUUCCACAGAUGGAGGGAUAUCCCCCAGCCAUCCCUUGGGCAUACUGACGGACCGUGACCUGAUCUUGAAGUGGCCUGGCCCUGAGCGGGCCCUAAACAGCGCCCUGGCUGAGGAGAUCACACUGCACUAUGCCCGGCUGGGGCGUGGCGUGGAGCUCAUCAAGGACACCGAAGACCCUGAUGAUGAGGGGGAGGGUGAAGAGGGGCUCUCUGUCAUACCCUCCAGCCCAGAAGGGGACAGCCCCAAGGAAUCGCCUCCGGAAAUCCUCUCCGGGGCCCGUUCUGUGGUAGCCACUAUGGGAGAUGUGUGGCUCCCAUGGGCAGAGGGCUCAGGAUGUGACGGCCCUGUGGUUCUGGGUACAGAGGGUCAGUUCACUGGGGAUCCUGAGAAAGGGAUGGGCAAGGACACUAGCUCUUUGCACAUGAAUAGGGUGAUAGCUGGGGUGACCGAGUACCUGGGGGAGGCCGGGACAGAAGCCCAGAUAGAGGUCACCAGUGAGUGGGCAGGCAGCUUUGAUCCCAUAUCUGGCAAGGAGCCAGCCUCUCCUGUCCUUCUGCAGGGGCAAAAUCCCACCCUCCUCAGUCCUUUGGGGGCCGAAGUCUGUCUCUCUAGCAUAGCCAGGCCUCAUGUGAGCUCCCAGGAUGAAAAGGAUUCAGGCCCAAGCCUUGAACCCCCAAAGAGGUCUCCCAACCUAGCAGCCCCUGCAGAAUGUGUGUGUGCACUGCCUCCUCAGCUCCGGGGGCCCUUGACCCAGACUCUGGGGGUCCUGGCUGGGCUAGUGGUGGUCCCUGUGGCUCUGAACAGUGGUGUGUCCCUCCUGGUGCUUGCGCUGUGCCUCUCUCUGGCUUGGUUCUCGUAGGCUCUGCUUGUGGGAUCAGCAGAGGCUUGAGAUGGGAUACAUGGCCUGUGCAGUGAGGGGACCUGGGUCCUUUGCUUCUGAGAAUGCUCUACUGAAAGAGAGGCCUUCCCAUCCCCAAGCUCUCCAGUUAACACAGGGCUCCCUGUGGUGACCCCAGUGGAGACGAGGGGAUGGGUAGAUGGUGUGAGUGAGGGGAACUUUUAGAGUGGAACUGGGCAUGUCCUCCCCCUACCCCCUGAGCCUGUAUUUAUUUUUGUAUAAUUCUCUGGACGAGGGAGAGUGGUCGUGAGCUGGUCUUGGGGCACAAUUACCCAGAGAUAUAUUUAUUAACAGCCAACCUGUGCAACAUGCUGGAGCUUUAUUUUUAAUUUAUAUAGAGUACCUAUUAUUAUAUGCCACAAUAGAGCUCUAUGAGAAACAGUGUCUUGUGGUGUAGUGUUCUCCUGUUUGGGCAUGAGUGUGCAGGGUGGUCACUUUCUGUGGGAGGAUCACAGUGGGGAGUUGGGGGUGGGACGUGGUCGCCUGCUGCUGCUUCAACAUGUCUGUCCUUGAAGAUCUGUGUCUCCUCACCUCGUGGUCCUAAUCCAUAUGGUUCUUUGUCUUUUCCACAUUCUGCCUGUGGGACCCUACAGGUGUGUAUUUGGAUGGUGGUGGUGGGAGCCAGGGAGGAAGAGUGGCGGCCACAUGAGGGUUUGGUGUCAGUCACAUGGUUGCAGUGGUACCUGUGGUCUCCUGUGGAUGUGGGAACAUCAGUUGUGAAUCAGCCACAAGGUUUUGAGGUUACUGAAAAAACAGCCUUUGACACCAGCAGGGAGACCCCUUAGCCCCUGAGAUAAGGAAGGCCUCAGAAACGAAAGAGGAGUUAACGUACUGUAGUACUUUGUAGCACAGUUGUUGUCCACAGACAUCACAUUUCUGCUAAAAACAGGAAGCCCAGAAGGUUUGAAAGAAAGAUAUAUAUUUAUUGCAUGCAAAUAAAAAACUGCUCAACAAAAUAAAA